AUGAACCCCCACGGCGUCUCGCAGAGCAUGGCACGCCUCCUUGGCGCCGCCGCCGACUUCAUGGCUCUCCUGAAGAGCUCGGCAGCUGUCGCUCAGAUCCCGGGUUACGCGGAAAUGGAGAUCAUGCUUGUUGGAGGCGCGGCCGUCAUAAAACACACUUCGCAUAGAGUGACGAAGGAUAUUGACUUUGCGGUCAGCCCCGACGAAUUCGUGGAGCCUUUGAAACGGGUCCUGCUCAAACACCACAGCGUUUCCUGGAAGCGCCCAGCCGACGCCUACUACUUCAUCGAUGAGGGCGGCAACGACUUCCAAGUUGAUAUUAUGCCCAUCAAAAAUCUCCCUUACAAACCCUCUGGAUUGCAGCGUAUUGUCGACGUCGAUACACAGAAUCUACCAAUUGCCAACCCACUAGACCUUAUCUGCUUCAAAUCGUUUGUGUGUGGCUUUCGGGAAUCGAAAAAGAAGAAUAUAAAGGACGCCGAGGAUGUGAAGGCCUUGAUGAAGCUCUUUCCGGCCGCCGCCCAUCUCGCCCAGCUCUCUCGAGACCAGGUUGGCGUGCUGAAACUCGCGCGUGAGGCUCUCUUGGACUACGGGGGCAAAGACAGGUGGUGGGAAGAGAAUCUGCCGCCGGUCUAG